UACAUUUUCUACCCAAAAUUAAAUAUAGUUUGAUUCGUGGUGUUGUUAGAGGUAACGUGAAUCAGCCAGAGAUGUUCUCACAAAUCAUACCAAAAAGGUUUGGGAAAAAAAUCAAACAAAAUAAAAUCCAACAUCUUUUCCCCUUUUAUUAAUUAAAAAAAACUGCAUAUUAAUAUGUGUGAAUGUGUGAAUGGGUCUGUGACUACAAGUAUACGUCAUUUACCAUUAAUGGUUUAUGACCUUAGUCAUGAAACAAUUAAAAACAUAUUUAUAUAUUCUGUUAAAUGCCAGGGAUUUUGUAGGCUCCCCUCGUUUCUUGUGAUGUUUAUAGAUUUUUUUUAAGCCUUUAUUUUGAAGGUCGGUCCGGAAGUGUACGUCAGCGCAGCGCGCGGUGCCGCAGGCUGCUGGACUACUGGCAGCAGCGGCAGCAGAGACAGCGGUAGAUGCCGUCCCAUCGUCAGAUCCCACCAUCGGGGCUGCCGCGCUCCGCUCCUCCGGCGCCCACACCAUGACUCCCGCAUCCAGCCCCGCAGUCUGAAACGCUCCGAGGACCGCUGUGUGUGUGUCGCGCGCAUCCAUCUCCCCUGCAAGAGCAUCGCGGCGAUCCGCAACCCGCCAGCCGCGAACGGUGACAGGAGGGAACUCCCCCGCGCCGCGGAGCUGCGCUUUUCGCCGCAGAGAGAGGCGUCCCGCAGCACCACCGCCACGCAGAGUCCCCCCGCGCCACGCCGCAACAUGUCAUUCACGGGCAAGGACACGAACAGCGGGCAUUACGCCAACUAUGUGGGACCGUACCGCCUGGAGAAGACGCUGGGCAAAGGACAGACAGGUCUGGUGAAGCUGGGUGUCCACUGUGUCACGUGUCAGAAAGUGGCCAUAAAGAUCGUGAACAGAGAGAAGCUCAGCGAGUCCGUUCUCAUGAAGGUGGAGCGGGAAAUAGCCAUUCUGAAACUCAUAGAGCAUCCUCACGUUUUAAAGCUGCAUGAUGUCUACGAAAACAAGAAAUACCUGUACUUAGUGCUGGAACACGUUUCAGGCGGCGAGCUUUUCGACUACCUGGUGAAAAAGGGCCGCUUAACCCCAAAAGAAGCCCGGAAGUUCUUCAGACAGAUCAUCUCAGCUCUGGACUUCUGCCACAGCCACUCCAUAUGUCACAGAGACCUGAAGCCGGAGAACUUGUUGCUAGAUGAGAAGAACAACAUCAGGAUAGCAGACUUCGGCAUGGCGUCUCUGCAGGUCGGGGACAGUCUGCUGGAGACCAGCUGCGGAUCACCACAUUACGCCUGUCCGGAGGUGAUCAGGGGGGAGAAGUACGACGGGAGAAAAGCAGACGCUUGGAGCUGUGGAGUCAUCCUGUUUGCACUUUUAGUGGGUGCGCUGCCUUUUGAUGACGACAACCUGAGGAAUCUUCUGGAGAAGGUGAAGCUAGGGGUUUUCCACAUGCCUCACUUCAUCCCCCCAGACUGUCAGAACCUCCUGCGCGGCAUGAUCGAGGUGGACGCCAGCAAGCGGUUGACGCUGGAGCAGAUCCAGAAGCACUCGUGGUACCUAGGAGGAAAGAAUGAGCCAGAGCCCGAGCAGCCCGCCCCCAGGAAGGUGGCCAUCAGGAUGCUGGCUGCUGCUGAGGAGAUCGACCCAGACGUCCUGGAGAGCAUGCACUCUCUGGGCUGCUUCAGAGACAAGGACAAGCUGUCCAAAGACCUGCUGUCUGAGGACCACAAUCAGGAGAAAAUGAUCUACUUCCUGCUGCUGGACCGGAAGGAGAGAUACCCAAGCCACGAGGACCAGAACCUGCCACCUCGCAACGAGAUUGAUCCACCCAGGAAGCGCGUAGACUCCCCCAUGCUGAGCCGGCACGGCAAACGUAGACCGGAGAGGAAGUCCAUGGAGGUGCUGACCGUCACGGAGGGGGGCUCACCCGUGCCAGUGCGCAGAGCCCUGGACAUGGCAACCCACGGCCAGAGCAAAUCUGUGUUCAGUAAAAGCUUGGAUAUCACAAACGCUAACUGCAGCAAGGAGGAAAGGUCGAGGUCGAUCAGUGGCGCCUCCUCUGGCCUGUCCACCAGCCCUCUCAGCAGUCCCAGGCCCAGUCGGCGUUUUUUUGUUCCACCCCAGUCCCCAGACCUGUGUCAGUCCCCCAACUGCAGCCCCACCCACUCCACUGAGGUCCGCCUUAAUGGGACAGGUCCCCAUGUUCCCAACUCCUACCAGCCAAAGAUGGGCUCCCCCCUCAUGCAUCCCCGGACACAGACCCUCCCUGCCAAGCCCAAAGCGUCAGAAAAGCCACUGCAGACCACCAGAUCCAACCCCCUCCCCCACACAACCCAGAACCCCAGCACCCCAAAAUCUGAGCCGUCCACCCCAAGCCAGCCUCUGGUGCCCUUUGUACCCAACAGUCCCCGGGUGAGGCGUCACCCUCCACUCACAGUUCCCCCCAAACUGUCCAUACCCCUCUUCCCAGUGCCCCCCAUGUCACCCCUUCGCCGCCCCCACCUUAACCCUGACCACAAUGGCAAAUCUGUCCCCUUCACACAGGUGACCCCUCACCCCUCCCCAAGAGGAAGCCCUCUCCCUACCCCAAAAGGCACACCUGUGCACACCCCUAAGGACAGCCCCGCUGGCACCCCCAGCCCAACUCCACCGCCCAGCCCGUCCAUCGGGGGCAUGCCCUGGAGGACGCGCCUCAACUCCAUCAAAAACAGCUUCCUAGGCUCGCCGCGCUUCCACCGCAGGAAAAUGCAAGUUCCCACCCAGGAGGACAUGUCCAGCCUCACCCCCGACUCCUCUCCAGA